AUGUCCUCCGAACAACCAAAAAUCAAAGCAGUCUUCUUCGAUUUCAUGGGCACAUGUCUCGACUGGCACACCAGUGUUGUCCAGUCUUUGCCCCCGUCAAUUCCCAGAGAUGAAGGAUCGAAGUUGGCACUGGAAUGGCGCAGGCAGUACUUUAUCGAAAACCAGCAGCGCUUCCAACGGAAUCUACACCCCGAAGAUAUUGACAUCACCCUGGCUCGUGUGUUUGAAGCCGUACUCAACAAAUCGUACUCAGAGUAUACAUCCCACUUUGACAUCGAAACCAAAGCACAACUCAUCAAAGCAUGGCACGCUCAACCUGCCUGGCCAGAAGUGCCGAUCGCUAUACGCAGUAUCCAGGAAGAUCUCGGUUUGGAAGUCUUCGUGCAUGCCAACGGGACAACGCGGCUCCAGCUUGACCUCGUCCGCUCUUCGGGGCUGAAUUUUAAUAUGCUGUUCUCCAGCCAGUUACUGGGGCUGUACAAGCCUAAUCUGGAGGCGUAUCGGAGAGCGCUACAGCUUGUUAAACUUCAGCCGGAAGAAGUAAUCAUGGUGGCAGCGCAUGCGUAUGAUUUACGAGCAGCGAAGAAGAUCGGCAUGAAGACGGUUUAUAUCCAUCGAUGGACGGAUGAUGUCGAUGAGAAUAUGGAUGAGGUUGGGAAAGAGUUUGAUGUGUUCUUAGAGGGAAUGGAGCAACUUCCUGCUACGAUUGCUCGGUUGUAA